AUGUCAACUACCGAUGUCCUCAUUGUCGGCGCGGGCCCGACCGGUCUCGCGCUGGCCAUUUGGCUCACGAAACUCGGCGUCCCAGUGCGCAUCAUCGACAAAGCCACCACGCUCGCUACAACGACGCGUGCCCUGGCUGUCCAGGCACGCACCCUCGAACUCUACUCACAAAUCGGCCUCGGCGAGACCAUCGCCGCCCGCUCAGCCCAGCUCACCGGCCCAAACCUGUGGGUCGGCGGUUCGCAUCGCGCCCGGCUUCGUUUCUCCGAUGUGGCUGUCGGGCUGACGGCCUACCCUUUUGUCGCGGUUUUCCCGCAAAACGAGCACGAGAGGCUUCUCAUCGACCACCUCGAAUCGCUCGGUGUCACCGUGGAGCGCGGGACUGGUCUCGAGAGCUUUGUCGAGGACACGGAAGCGGGCUCUGUCAUGGCCGUUCUACAAAAGUCGGACGGGCCGACAGAAAAUUGCGAAGCAAAAUAUAUCGCCGGAUGCGAUGGCGCACACUCCGUCGUCCGCCGCGCUAUUGAUUUGGGCUUCCCCGGCGACACGUACGAGCAGCUAUUUUACGUGGCCGACAUUGAAGCCACCGGUCCGGCCAUGGACGGGGAGCUGCACCUCUGCCUCGACACGCACGACUUUCUGGGCAUUUUCCCCCUCGCGCAAAAGGGUUGCGCGCGCUUCAUCGGCGUCGUGUCGCCCACCAGCAACCCGAGUCCUGCUUCCACGCCGCGCGAUCUGACCUUUGACGAUGUGCGCGGUCGCGCCGUCGAAGAGAUGCAGCUUGGCGACAUCAAAGUCAACUGGUUCACCACCUACCGCGCGCACCACAGAGUAGCCGACCACUUCCGCAAGGGCCGCGCCUUUCUGCUCGGCGACGCGGCGCACAUUCACAGCCCGGCGGGCGGGCAGGGCUUGAACACGGGCAUCGGCGACGCCAUCAACCUGGCCUGGAAAAUCGCCGCCGUCGUCAACAACCAAGCGCAGGACAGCUUGCUGGAUACAUACGAAGAAGAGCGUAUUCGAUUCGCCAGAAAACUAGUAGCCACCACCGAUCAGGCCUUUACCUUUAUGACAAGGCGCGGAUGGUUUGCUGGCUUCAUCCGCUCGAUGGUUAUAUCCUACAUAAUGCCUGUCCUAUUUCGCCUCCGCGCCGUUCGUCGUCGCGCAUUCCACGGCCUGUCCCAGUUCAUCAUCGACUAUACGGACACGACGCUGGCCGGCGCUAGUGCACCCUCCGGUACUGUCAAGGCCGGCCAGCGUCUCCCCUGGGUUAAAAUUGACGGACAAGACAACCAUGGGUCUCUUGCUCAUAUUGAAUGGCAGCUUCAUGUCUACGGAACUGCCAGUGAGCAAUUGGCUGCUUGGUGCAAAGCCAAUGACCUGCGGCUGACGGUAUUUGAAUGGGCGGCCGAGUAUGGAUCAGCAGGUCUUGUGAAGAAUGCCGCGUAUCUGUUAAGACCAGAUACGUAUAUUGCCCUUAUCGAUGGCAAAGCCGACUCAACAAAUAUUGAGCAAUAUUUCCUGAAGCGCCGAAUAGGUCUCGGCUCUAGAUAA